GUAAAAGCCAUAUUUACUAUUGAAGAUGAAUGACAGACGUGUUUAACGUGUAAACACUAUUAAUAACUUUAAUAAUAAUCGGUUUCGGUUAAAUGUGGUUUGUUAGUAUGAGGCGCAGUGUGUUUAUAAUAACCCCUGGUAUAUUUCCACGACGACAAGUUUAAUUAUCUGACACGCCUUUGCUACGUUUUAUUCUCCGUUUUUCGCUUCCCUCGUAGCAGAUAAAAGAAUUCAAUUGGCAAGCUAUGAAGGAUCAAUGGUGGGAAGCCAGAAAUCCCCCUGCCACCUCCAAUGGGCUAUCAUUUCAGGAUAACACUGUGUUGGUAACAGGGGCUAAUUCCGGCCCAGGGUAUCAAGCAGCGAUCAAGUAUGCAGCUUUAGGCGCACCACCUCUCAUCCUAGAUGUCCGAUUAACAGAAACGGCGAAGCAGCGAAAGCGGUUAUCCAACAAGAAACAGGAUUUUCCGACGAAAUUAUCGGUAUGGCGGUUGAUUUAUCAACUUUUGCGUCUGUCAAAGAAUUUGCUAGGCGCUUGGACCAACGAGUAUCGAAGCUCGAUGUAGCUCUUCUUUGUGCUGGCAUCGUAAAACCAUCAUACUAUCGGUCUAGAAGGAUAUGAGAUCUGUACCCAAGUAAAUGUAUUAUCAAAUACCCUCCUAGACUUGUUUAUUCUCCCGAAGCUGCGUGCGAACAUUACUGAAUCAGAUCACGAUGCUCUACCGCAUCUAUGCUUUCUCAGUAGCUUGGGCUCUCACAUGGUUGACCCAACAAUGUUCCUAAUUGGUCAAAUUUUGUUAGAGAAGCUCAGUGACCCUUCUAGAUUCGAUACUACAGCUCAUUAUUAUCCAGUGAAGCUAGCCGC